AUGUUGAAUCUCUUCUCUACCCGUACCAACUACUGGAAGAACGGCACUCAGUUCAUGGGUAAAUGGGUUGCUAGAGUUAUGGGGGAAAACAAUUAUGAGUACUUCAGAAUUGAAAAGAGAAUCUUCUACGCUAGAUUCUACUAUUUCAAGCAAACUGUCUUGUCGCAAAUGUCACUUGAGGUACCAGACGUUGUUAACAGUUUCUCAGUCCUAGCAAAGGAAGAUACCUCUCACGGUUUCCCAGUUUGGAGACCUCUUGAAAGAAACUCUGAUUGGGCUCUCUAUAACGUCAACUCAGAAGGUUGGUUCUAGGUAUGGUCUUCAAUUUUUGCUGUGGGGGUUGUGAGCUUCUGGUUCUAUAUUGCUGAUUUCUACUUCUUUGUGGCAUCAACUAGUGUUGAUGACGAGGAUAAUCUGAGACUAAAGGAUGCCAAAUCAGGCUUAAUUUGGGAGCGUAAUUUCUGGGCUUGCACUUUCUAAAUUCAUGGACAGCAUAUGUCAGCUCUUCAAAGAGAAAUCAAGUUCUUCACUCAUCAUCCAGAUGAUCCAAAGCUCAAUGUGAAGUCAUCAUACAAUCUCAAGAACCCAUAUGCACCAGAUAGAUACUAUCACGGAUGGGGACAAAUGAGAGACAUGAGAAUGAUCUGA